GUCCGGCCCAACCCCACACGAUUGCCUACCACUUAGAUCUAUGGUCCCUAUUCAUUACUGACAUGUCAGUAACCAAGUGGUUACUGACCCUAUCUGCUGCCUGGAACAAGGCAAUGCUUCGGUUGAAGCAACAUACCUAUUCGGCUUCUAUAAAUAGAGGUAGCCGGAUGUUGAACAAGACAACACCAAAAAUUCAUUCUUCUUCCUGCCAAAAGUUCUAAUUAUGUUUUAGGUACUUAAGCCUGGAACCUAAAGUGGUGAUACUUUUAUCCUACGAAGAAAUUUUUUGUAACCAUAGGCUUGUUGAGGGUGGAAAUAUUCUUUACGAAAAGUGAACGUAGUUCACGACUCUAUCAUAAUCCUGGUCACCCGGUCUCGGGCUAUCGUACGUGUACCCUCGUCUUUAAAAGUCCCAACAAUCGUAAAGAAUAUUAUCCGGUACGAUAGCUCGAACCGCUCUUUACAAGAAACCGGUUCCGGUCUAUGGAAGUAUGAGAAUGUUCGAUGAUGAGUUUUUCAUCGAUGGUAGCGGAAGAUGGGUGUUCUUCGUACUAGUCUCAUGGUGUAUUCCAUAUCCGAAAGGUAACUUGGAAGAGGGAUGAUUCGAAGAUGAGGAAGAAGGAGAAUGAUUCGUAAAAUAGAGAAAUAGAAGAAUGAAAAUUGCCUUUGGGUAGGUCACAUACUCAAUGGUGUGUUUAUGUCAUAUUUCAGGGCUUGGCGUUGACGUUGAGACGAAGAAACGAGUUUCGGGUCAAAAGGAGGAUGUUUGAGUUGAAGGGUGCUGGAGGAGCAAAAUACCCGGCCAUGAGCAAUAAUACCCGAUCAGGCGGGGGAAAAUCGAUUUUAGGCGCCCAUAAGGCAGAAGGGGUCCCGGCCAGAGAGCAAAAAUACCCGAUUGGGUAUUUUGGACCUCGAUCGGGUAUUAAGGCCUUCACCGCUACGCUGCGAUUCGAAAUCCCUGACAGGGCACCUGAAAUACCCGACCUGGGAUUAUGGCCGGGGAUCGCGAGAAGCUGACUUUUAAGGAAAAGAAGGCCAAUUUUGAGAGGGCCCCGAGUUUUAGAGAAAGAAAGUGAUACCUAGAGAGAGAAAGCGACGAACUAGAGUUCCCAAGCGCCUUAGAUCGAUCUUCAUCAUCAGUGGAGCCCGGGUAACGCUUGGAGAAGUGCCGAUUGACGAACAGAAGCAGAACUUCAUUCUUCACAACAUGUUUUCUGCUUCUGAGCUAGAGUUUGCUUCUCUCCACAUGGAGUAACUUCCACAUUCACCUGGGUAUGAAGAACCCUAGAUUUGUAUGUUAGGUCUGAUUGUUUGAACCCAAGUAUGAAUCCAUUGAUUUGAUUAUAUUCAAUUGAGGUCUAAUUUGUUGAAUGGCAUGAAACUUGAUCAAAUUCCUGUUAUUUCUGCUUUGACUUAGAAAGAGAAUAUCUGCCUAGGUUGAUAGAGCACCCUUGAUUGAAGUUAGUGAAUUGACGACUUUAGUCGAGGAGUCAAUUCACUAUUUUGUACCGGAUUUACUUCGGUAGAGGAGAUUUGGUUCGUUAGGGACUCAAUCUGUUUACUCCGGUGGAGGUUAGUCGCCCGUUGGGGACUCAGAUUGAGAGGGUCUGCAGACCUUUAGUUGAGACUGCAGACUGUUCAAGAACCUCCCGCAGUAUAACUAUCUUUGAAUUCGAACUUGGUAAAUUACAAUCUGACUUAACUGCAGUCUAGGGGGAACAAUAUCCGGGUGACCUCUCUGAACUUGAAAACAACCUUUUACUGCUUUGGUUGUUUGUUUACUUGGACCUUCACUACAUUUCCACUGCUAAAUAAUAAGAAUUCACGGAGUAGUCAGCACACUUAGGAUCCGAGUUGACAUUAAAACCCAAACCCGCUAUACUACGCUCUAGUAGGUGGUUACACUAGGCUAUUUUCUUGUGUGACUCGCUUCUAUCGUCACACUAAAACAGUCAGUAUAUAGUUGCCUUCGAGUACCACUGUUAUUUUUGAGCCAUUCUAUAUCAUUCACACUUAUCUAUGGGGACCCUCUCCUUCCAUAUCUCGUCUUGGUUUCCGUUAUUUUUCCCUAUUUAUAGACCAUGCUACUCGUUUUACCUGGGUUUACUUUCUUCGCCUAAAAUCUGAACUCGGUCCGUAGCAACUUAUUUUCUCAAAAUGAUACAAACAUAGUUUUACCUGGGUUUACUUGUUUCCCAUGUUCAUCCUCGUUUUUGGCCUGAAGCUGUGGCUACUACUGUUCGUCUUAUAAAUUACCAAGUCACUCAUGUUCUGGGUUGUAAGAGUCCUUUCUUUGUUCUCUACUCUCGUCAUCGUGACUACUCUCGUCUUUGCAUUUUUGGUUGUCUCUAUUUUGUGCUUCUUCCUAAAAGAGAACGUACAAAACUGUCCUCUAAAACUACUAGGUGUGUCUUUUUGGUAUAUAGUGAUGUUCAUAAGGAUUAUCUUUGCUAUGAUUUGGUUUUACAAUGUAUGUGAGUUGCUUGUUUGGUUGUCUUUUUUGAACAUCUUAUUAUGUUAUAUGAGUCAUCUCCGUCCUCUUCCUACUCAGUUUUCCCUUCAUCCCCUGACAUUGCCUUACAUAUCUUUUCUGAGAGUGACGAGGGUGAUGAUCCUCAAAUCCACACAGCUCCACAUAUUCCCUUUCAACUCGAUCUGCCCCCCACGGCUCGUCUUCACCAUCCGAAUUAGGGUCAUCAACGUCCUCCCCUAACAGCUCGUCCUCACCUAACAACUCACCUCCACCUCCUCCUCGUCAUUCAUUGCGCUCCACGAAAGGUAUACCACCUCCUAAAUUUCAUGACUAUGUUUCUCACGCAGUGGACUCGUUCGUUAUCCAGACACGAUACAGACAGGCUCGGGGUGAUCCAAUCUGGGAACGUGCCAUGAAGCGUGAACUAGAUGCUCUUCCUGCCAACGAUACGUGGACUCUUUUACCUCGUCUUCGACAUACUUCUUAUGUUGGGUGCAAGUGGGUGUAUACUGUCAAAAUGCACCCCGACGGCACGGUUGAUCGGUAUAAGGCUCGGCUAGUCGCCCAAGGCUUUACUAAAGAGCUCGACAUUCAUUAUAGUGAGACAUUUUCCCCUGUGGCUAAAAUGUCUACAGUUCGUACCUUACUGGCGGUUGCUGCUAGUCACGAUUGGCCUUUGUUUCAGAUGGAUGUCAAUAAUACAUUCUUGCAUGGUGAUUAAUUUCCAAGAGAAGGUUGUUGCCAGCUCAAGUCUCUCUCCUUGCAUUUAUUUUUCUCCAUCUUUUUAUGUAUUGGUGAGCCACCAAAUCCAUUUUCUCACUUCAAGAAAGUUGAUCCAAUUCCUAUGAUUUGUGAGGGUUGAUGACCAUUGAGUGAAGAUUCCAACCCACAACAAUUCGAUUUGGGUCUUCAUCGGUUUGGCCUCCUGCUGGAAGUUUGACACUGCUUGUCUACACUUUGCCACUACACCUGCAUUCGUCCACUGCACUUUGUUUUGUUCAAAAUCUUAGCUCAAUCUGUGUUAAAUUGCUACAUGUCUUGGUAAUGACACUAGGGCCAUUCCAUGAUCAAUAUGAACUCAUUUAGAGCAAUUUAAACACGUAUAUACAUAAAGAUCAAUCAUUUAUGCACAAAAUACAUGUAUUUUUACGAAAGCUUAUCAGGCACUCGACCACUGCAAAAGUGCAAAAGCCCAAUUUUCGAGACUAGUCGCCUCCUUUCUCCAUCGAACAACUCCUCUUUCUCUCUCUAAAUGGAGAGCAAGAGUAAUAAAUUUUCAGAUCCCAAAAUCCCUAACCCCGUACCCCAAAUCCAAUUGACACUGCUUGCUUGCCCCUCUCAAUCUUCGUUUCAUUCUUCCAAAGGCCGCUUGCCUGCUCGCUCACUCUUCCAACAAGGAGUUUCAAUUUCUUCCCACUCUCAAUCUUCGUUUCAUUCUUCCAAACGCUAUUUGCUUGCUUUAAUUACUAGGAUUGAGGGGGACUGAUUGACUCGGAAAGGGAAGAGAAGUGAAGGAGACCAAACAGCAGAGAAGAAGAAGCCCACUGCCCCCUUACAGACCCCCUUUAUCUCUGCCACAGGAGAGAAAGACGAUGAUGACGGCUCCGACGAUUUGAGGAAUAAUUGUGGCUAGUGGCGGUGAUUGUUGUAGAAGAAGAACUAGAUCGGGAAAAGGAAAGCCAUGACUGAGUGUUGGCACUGGCGAGUGGGUUAUGAAUGGGCCGAUUCAGAUCCCUGAUUUCUUCGGUGGAUAGGGGUCAUUCUCCCCUCGAUAGGGAUUCAAUGGUGGCUAUCGAACCCAGGAACGACGCCCUAAACAGAUAUGAACGACGAGAAUGGGUACAUGAAUUUGUUGCUCAUCGAUUAUCCAUUCCAUAAGGAUUCAAAAAGUCAAAAAGAAAGCUAUUAGCAGAGGAAGAAACUGAAGCUUUGGAGAGGGAGAUGAAGCGAACGGUGGGGAGAGCAAAAGAGAAAGAGAAAGAUAAUAAUAAUAAUAAUAAUUUCAAAAAAAAUCAGGGCCUGGAAAACUGCUACAGAAAACAGAAAUCAGCUGAUAAGGCCUAGAAGAGAAGAACGACUGAUAGGAUGGUCGCCUCCGCCGAUAGGCGAAAAAGUUAGUCUCCUAACAGGCCAUUUUGUUAGGAGAUACUGAUAGGGUCAGAUUUUGGGCCACGUGUGCUUGGGCUUCAUCCAACGGAGGAGAGUGGUGGCUCACUUAAAUGAGCUGGAGAUGGGCUUCCGUGUAGAAGCCGGCCCAGCGUGUGGCGCAGAAGGCGAGCCGAGUUCGUGGCGUGGUGGGCCCGGCUUCAGUUUGGGCGGGAUUUUGGGUUGGAGUGGAAAGAGAAUGAAAUUUUUGGGCCCCAUGUGAUAUAUAUGUAUGUUUGUUUGGAUAUUUAUUUGUUUUCAGUGGAUGUUAUUAUGUGUUGUGUUGAUAUUACUUUGAAUCAUUGUGUUGGAUAUUUAUUUGUUUUCAGUAGCCAUCAUUAAAUUAAUAUUUACCAAACCCCAAAAUAACCCAACCACCCGAAAUUGAUUACACCAAUUUAGAGUUUAAGUUUUAGGGUUUAUGGUUUGGUUUUCAAUUUGUGAAGGAUUGGAAUAUUGUUUCUUACAUCAAAUUAAACACACUAGGAAGUCCUAACACGUAAGGCUUGCAACCUUAGUUAGGGCUGCCCGCCGAGGGCCCAUGGGCCGAAGGCCCAUUAAAUAAUAAUAGUUUAU